AUGACUCGCAGGAUUACCAGGUUCAAUGAGAUCGUUAGCAAGAAUGGCGCGUUCAGGGCGUAUGUUCCCAGAACAUUGUACAACGAGCUUGAUAUUUUUCAACUGAGGUCGUGGGACAAAUUAUUUAUGUACGCCCCUGUUGGUUGGUAUAUUAUAUCACUGGUAUUCAAUAACCGGUUUAAUGGGUUGUUUGACUGUGAAGUGACGGCUAAAGAGAUGGAUAUCUUGGAGGCUGUCACGUACUGUCGGAAGGGCAAGUUUUAUCUGACGUCCAAUCCACCAUUUGCUAUUCUACUCCUUGCGCUUUCAAAAUUUGAAUUGAUGACGAUGAGGCGGCUUUCUCUUCUUUUAGGGUGUUUUAUUGUUCAGUUAGUCUCCAUGAUUUUAAGAAAGUCAGGCAUGAAUCGUAUAUUGUCGUGUUUAGGGGCUUUGGGGUUAGUGUUAGUGGUACCAUUUCGGGAUGAAGUCUAUAAGGUAUCUUUGGACAUAUACCAGUUAUUUUUUAUCACAUUAGUGAUAUACUGUUGGAAAAGUUUAAAAAUAGCUAAGGAGUUCACUACAGAGUGGGUUUCAAUAUUGCUUUCUAUGUGUAUUUGCAUUGGUGUCACAAUUAGCACUAAAUUUAUUGGAUUCAGUACUUGGAUAUGGAUUUUAGUUUUAACGGCAUUUCAAUUGUUUGAAAUAGUUGGAGAUAUUGAAUUGUCACCUCGUGCUAUCUGGAAACAUGUGUUUUCGAGGGUCACACUAAUAUUGAUUCCAUCAGUGUUUUUCUUGUUUGUUUAUUACAAUCAUUUCCAUGUCAUUAGACAGAAUUCCGAAUACGUCCCUCUUGUUUCGAGCCGUUUCCAAUCACAAUUGAAUAACGUAAUUUCGGAACAACCAGACGCCGUGUAUUAUGGCAGUACUGUUACAAUUCGUCAUAGUUCAUCAUUAAAAGGAAAUCUGCACUCCCAUAACUUAACACAUGCUGCGGACUCUGAAGGUCUGCAAGUAACGCUAUAUGAGUAUCAAGACCCUGAUACCGAAUGGAUCAUAGAGCCAGGGGAAGGAGAUGACCGGGAAAGUAUGUUAAAUUCUUUUGAAGCUGUGAAAAACGGAGAUUGGAUUAGAUUGAGGCACAAGAAUAGCGGGAAAUUAUUGCGUGCUUCAGCAGCACAACCACCAAUUAGCAAACAUGAUUAUGAUCUAGAAGUUUCCUGUACAGGCGAUGUGGAUUAUGUUGGUAUGGCAGACGAAACGUGGCGUAUUAUUUUAGAAAAUGGCAGUUUUCAAGAGAAUGUGAAGCCUUUGAUAAAUGAAUUUGAAUUGUUCAAUAAGGGUCAAAGUUGUUCUCUCUUAAGCCAUGAAGUCAGACUACCUGACUUGGAGCAUUUUCUGCAAGAAGUAAUCUGUGUGGAGUCACCAGCUCAUAGUCUGACCUUAUUUUACGUUGAAUCAUCUUCAAAAUACAAAGAUAACAAGCUAUUAGAAAUCAACAAGUAUCAAUUCUCUGAUAUGUUCCUAGAAUAUCUGCAAGCUCAGCAUAAGUAUGACUAUUAUAUUAAAAAUUUUGAUCUAAAAGGUGACGUCCCAUUCAAAUCUUGGACGUGGUACAUGACAAUGGAUUCCGCACACAACUUCAUUUGGGGAUUGGGAUAUAUUAGUAUGAUUUUUUCCAUCAUUCUGUUUCUUUAUAAAUGGCUGACUUGGAAACCUUGGGACACUGAUUCAAAAUCCAAACCCAAGACAUUAACUUCAGUUUUAUUUGAUGAAAAUUCAUUUGAAUGGAUAUCUGGCUGGUAUAUCCAUUUUAUCACCUUUGCGUAUUCAAGACAUCAAAAUUUACACAUAUCACAAUAUCUACCUGCAUUAAUGUUCACCAUAUUUCAAGCUUUAAACAUUUUGCAGGCUAUAUUGGACAGAGUGGAAGCGUAUUUUAAUAGGUAA